AAGGAGGCGUUUACAGUCACAGGAUGUCUUGAAGACAAACUGCCACUGUGAAUUGAGGGAACAAGACAAGGCAAAUUCUUCCCACCGGUUAAGGUUUAAAUGACGGCCUGGGUGAUUCGGAUAAUCUUGGGGUCCAUGAUCGCUAUGGCUAACCCAAUACAGGGCAUGUGUCCCUGCAAAUAUGAACUACAAGCCGUGUGUAAACAUAACCCGGCCACAAUCUAUGUCCCGUGUCCGAUGCUGGUUGGUGAGGAUCUGACAUUUGCGCUUCGAAAAGAUGAAAAAGUGAUUCACACCCAAAAAUGCAACUCCAACAAAAUGACGGUGGAUUGUGAACCAAACCCAUGUGCUGAAUUGAUGCUACGUGAGGUCAACACAUCAGUCAGCUUUGUCCUGACAGGAGAGAUGGCCAAAAAUGGCGGACUCUACAGGUGUGAGGGCACAGUCACAUUCCCACCUCCUUUGAAAACAGAGAUGAGCGCUGUGGGGAUUCUGGUGCAUGUCGAGGGUCACAAAUGCAGCAGUGGGAAAACAAAAGAGGGCAAUGGUUACCUCUGGAUUUGGAUCACUGUGCUUGGCGUUCUCUGCGUCUACAGCAUCAUUAUCACCAUUAUUGCAGUGGUCAACAGGGUCAAGGUGAGGCAGGAACAGUUCCAAAACGACUACAUAAACACCAAACCUAGAGGCACCAGCCAGCGUGAGAGGGAAAGAGGCUUUCGCAACACUCAACAACUGUACUUUUGAUUUGCUCUAUAGUCAACUGCCCUAUUUUAUGAAUGUGUGCCUUCUUCAAGCUUGGUUUAUAAUUUAGGCAAUUUUUUUGAGUUACAGCAGCUACAGCUGAGAUUGUGCAAAAUUAAAAAAAAAACUUCCUGCAUCUUACACUCAUUCAUACAUUUGUAGUAGGAAGACCCCCCUGUGGUUGAAACAGGUGGUGGUGUUAAGAAAAAAAUAACCACACUCGGGGGUUCUCUUUAAAUUCGGUAGCCACAAUUUUAGAUGCCCCCCCCCCCUUCCUGUUCUCAUCACCAAAUGACCUUUUUACAAGCCUUAAAAUGAGUUUAUCUUAAAUACUGCAAUGACCUCAUUUUGAGGAUUUUUCUUUCUGCUGAAACUGAAGCAACAGUUUGUUUUCUGAGUACUGAGGAAGAUCAAAGAAUUGUUAUAUACCAAAAUCCCUUUUAAGACAACACAGCAUGCAAAGUUUCCUGUUUGUACCACAAGUUUCCUGCCUUUUGCAAAUGUGGCUGCUUCAAAACUGUUGCUACGCACACCCUUCGUGCAAAAGUAGUGCAAGAACACAUUUUAUUGGCUGCAACCAUCAGCCCGUCGCAUAUAUACGGUACAUGACAUUCAUGUCAUUAAAAUCUGCACUAGAAACUGGAGCAGAAAUCAGUUACAUGCCCAUAGUACAGGGUGUCCAUAAAGUCUCUUUACCAUUUCAAAAAUUUACGAUAAAUGCAAUUCAUUCGAUAUUUUAUUCAGAUUUGUUCUAUUGUAUUCAAUGUUUAUUAAAGUUUUU